AUGCGAUUAAUAACGGGAGACGAAUGUGGCCUCAUCAAGGAAACUAUUCCCGAAUUGGCUCGUGCCAAGCAACGCUCGGCGACCAAACCUGUUCAAGUGCAGAACAGCCCACGUGCCGUCGCUGUCGUGAAAAACGUUGGCACCGCCGUAGUGAAUGUAGGGUUGACGAUUCCGACUCGAACAAAAGGAGUAGUGGAUCUGACCUGGUUGGAAACGGACCAGGAUAAAUCCUUUGCCUCACUGUGUAUCGAUGGAUCCGUCCAAGUAUGGCAACGAUCCGUUUCGGAAGAACAAACGUACGGUCGAUACCGACAAGUUGCGGCCCACGCCAACAUUUUUGCGUCACAGCAGACACAAACCACGCACAGGAGUAUUCACCCCUCUACGUCUCCGAUUGGGAUGUCGGCCUUUCCCGCAUCCAACGCCAACCUCCUAUGUGCCGCUGACGCCCAGGGUAACGUGACGAUUGUGAAUCAUACGGCGGAAACACCGAUUGUCCGACAGUUCUCCCCACUCGCCACUUCCGCACCAUCCAACGGCAGCAAAGAUCCAUUAAUCACCGCCAUGGCCGUCGAUGCCAAACGUGCGCGUGUCGCUAUGGGCGGUCGCGAGCGAGAAACUGUCCUGUACGACCUGGAAACCACUCAGGCCGUCUGGAAGGCCAAGAAUCUACCACCGGAUCCGCAAACACUCUUGCAGGCACUGGUGUGGCCCACGUCUAUUCUGUUUCUCAAUGCCUAUGAUUCGUCCUCGUUGGGACAAAACGUCCUAGCAGUCGGUACGGCCCAUCGUCAAGUCCGGAUAUACGACAUCCGGGAUGAUUCUGUCCAACGCCGCCCAUUCUCCGUAACGCCAGCCAAGGGCUUUGUGGAGCACCGCGUCACGGCCUUGUGUCAAAUGGAUCCUUACAGUAUUGUUGUCGGUGACAGUUCGGGCGAUUUGCACACUAUAGAUGUGCGCAAGCUGGAGCAUAAGUACAACGCCAGCACCCAAUUAUCUGACGGCCGCUACCCGGGCCCGGCUGGAUCCAUCCGAUCCUUGGCCAAGCACGAAUCGUUGCCAUUCAUGGCGGUGGUUGGGUUGGAUCGGAUGCUGCGAAUCUACGAUACCAAUAGCCGGAAACAGGUCAACUGUAUGUAUCUAAAACAGCGAGUCAAUUGUGUACUCAUGGGACGAGACGGAACCUGGGGAGUUGACGGAGAAGAUUAUAACAAUUCUGAUGUGGAACAGGAUGAUAUUGUGCGAGACUACGUCGACUCGGACCACGAGAAUGGGGAUGAUCAGUCCUUUGCGGAGGAAGAGAGCAUCGAUCAAGCCAAUCACACUGAUGAUAGCGAAAACGAUGCCAAGGAUGAUUCUGCGUCUGGGUCCUCCGAUAGUGGCGACCAUCAAGACGACGACAGUGAUGACAACAAAAGCCAAAAUGAAGAACCAACAAUCAAUCCUCGGAAACGAGUCAAACGAUAA